AUGCUGGUUUGUUGGCUCAUUGCAACCCUGACUGAGCCUGUUCAUUCCCAAGUUGUGCGGUGCAAAACCUCCAAUGAAAUCUGGACUACAUUGGCUGCCCUCUAUUCCUCUGCUUCCACAGCUCAAAUCAUUCAACUAUGGUACCAGCUCCGCCAAACCAAGCGCGGUAACUCAACCAUUCAUCAAUAUCUCCUUACUGUCAAGAGAAUCACAGAUCAAUUCGUAGCGUAUGGUAAGCCUCUAACCGAUGAGGAACUGUGUUUACAAGUUUUUGAAGGCCUAGGCCCUGCUUAUCAAGGGUUUGUGACUGCAAUCACAACCCAAAGAACUCCAUUGCAAUACAAUGAUCUUCGUGGCAUGUUGCUUACUCAAGAGAUUCAUCUCAAAGAUGAUGAGACUCUGCCCAAUUUAUUUGCUCCAAAGGCAAAUUAUGUCACCAAUAAGAACACCCGUGGUGGUCGUUCCAAUUAUCCUACUGCCAAUCGUGGUGGCAGAAAUGGAGGACGAGGACGGUAUCAAGGUGGUCGUUAUCCACCUAACCGAAACCCAUCGAAUAAUUUUGGGGGUCAAAAUUCUGGAUCUCAUUCCCAAGCUAAGGAUCGUGGUACAAAUACACCACCUGUUGAAUGUCAAAUUUGCAACAAAUUCGGGCAUUGA